CUGGCGGAUGGAUACAUUGAUUACUUGUAAAAUUUAUGGAAUGGCUCCGAACCAUACAGUUAAGAAACUUGAACAGAAGGUGGCGAUAAUAACAGGUGCUAGUUCAGGGAUAGGUAGAGCCACUGCUGUAGUGUUCUCACGCCUGGGAGCGAGGCUAGCUCUAAGUGGAAGGAACCAAGAAAAUUUGACGGAAUCUGCUGAAGAAUGUGAAACAGUUUCACCUAAUAAUCUAAAGCCUUUGUGUAUCGUCGGUGAUGUAACCAUAGAAUCCGAUAUUAAUCGGAUUAUGAAGUCAACAAUUGACACCUAUGGAAGACUGGAUAUUCUAGUGAGUUUAUUUACUAGAAAAAAUAUAGAUGAACACAUUUUCAGUAAAACACAUAGACAUCCAUUAUUAGCUGUCUAUCACUUGACGAUGCUAGCUGUCCCUCACCUGAUUGAAAGUAAAGGUUCCAUUGUCAACGUUUCGAGCGUUCUCAGCAAAAGGGGAGGUGCAACAGUAUUUUCCUAUACCAUGUCUAAAGGAGCUUUUGAUCAGUUUACCAGAAGUGUGGCAUUAGAUCUUGCUCCCAAACAAGUCAGAGUGAAUUCAGUAAAUCCUGGAACUAUAGAAACAAACAUCUUCACAACAGUUGGAGCAGACGUAAAGGAAGUACGUGUAAAGGGAAGUGAAGGAAUAAAAGGACCUAGUGAGGAUAUAAAACUCCAUGGAGGAGCCACUUGA